CUUUAGUAACCAUAAGAACUACUCACCAACCCCAACUUCAGAACACCAGGAGAUCAUGGCCUCUAACCUCGUACCGCUGCCAGAGAGUUACUCCGGUGACAGUGGUGAUGACGGAAAGGAAGUCACAGCCAUGGUGGACGGUUCAGUUGAAAGUAACAGCACUACCGGUAAAGGCUCAUGGAAGCACGCCGCGUUCCACGUUGCAACCACCAUCGCCACUCCUGCCGCCUAUGCUCCGCUUCCCUUCGCCGUCUCUUCUCUUGGAUGGUCUCUAGGGGUACUUAGCUUGGUGGGCGCAACCUUAACCACGUGGUACUCUAGUAUUCUGAUCGCGUCGCUAUGGAAAUGGGAUGGGAAGAAGCACACUACUUAUAGACAUCUUGCGUGUAGCAUUUAUGGAAAUUGGGGAUACUGGUCUAUUGCAUUUUUCCAGCAGGUGGCUUCUUUGGGCAACAAUAUCGCCAUUCAAAUUGCUGCUGGAAGUUGUCUUAAGGCUGUUUACAAAUACUACCACAAGGAUGGUAAUUUAACACUUCAACAUUUUAUUGUGUUCUUCGGGAUUUUUGAACUUGUUCUUUCCCAGCUUCCGAAUAUCCACUCGUUACGAUGGUUAAAUGCUGUUUGUACUUUAAGUACAAUUGGAUUUGCUGGCACAACCAUUGGUGUAACAAUCUACAAUGGGAAGAACAUCGAUAGAAGAAGUAUAAGUUAUAGUCUCCAUGGAAGCUCUUCGUCAAAGAUGUUCAAAGCCUUCAAUGGUCUUGGGGUUAUUGCAUUUUCAUUUGGUGAUGCCAUGCUUCCUGAGAUACAGAGUACUUUUCGAGACCCCGUAAAGGAAACCAUGUAUAAAGGGAUAGCAGCUGCAUACACCAUUAUUCUAUUGAGUUACUGGCAAUUGGCAUUUUUCGGCUACUGGGCAUUUGGUACAGGUGUCCAGCCUUUUAUCCUUGCUUCGCUCACAACCCCUGAAUGGACAAUUAUCAUGGCGAAUAUUUUUGCUGUAAUCCAAAUAUCUGGUUGUUUUCAGAUAUAUUGCAGGCCGACAUACGCCUUAUUUGAGGAAAAAAUGACACCAAGCAAACAAACUUCUAUGAGAAACCAUUUUCUACGGCUUGUAUUCACCUCUAUGUACAUGGGUUUGAUAACCUUAGUGGCUGCAGCCAUGCCAUUUUUUGGGGAUUUUGUGUCCAUUUGUGGAGCCAUUGGGUUCACACCACUUGACUUUGUGUUUCCUGUUUUAGCACACUUGAAAGCGGGAAAAAUGCCCAAGAAUACUAGCCCCGUUGUGAUCCUGAAUAUUGUUAUAGCCACCUGGUUCUCAGCGGUUGCGGUUAUGGGUUGCAUUGGUGCGGUUAAGUUCAUCAUAGAUGACAUCAAGACUUACAAAUGCUUUUAUGACAUGUAAGUAUGCAUAAUGCAUUAACAUUCAUGAUACUGUUAUUAAACUUGAAGACAUUAUAAUUAGUGGCGAAGCUUGAAAAAAA